ACUAUUCUCAUAAUAUCUAAGAGAAACAAUUGAAAAUAUUAUAUAAGAUAUCCACAUAGAAUGAAAUUUUACAUAUUUUAAUUAAAUCUUCAGAGUUAAGACCAGAAGUCAGAAGCUUCCAAACAGAUGACAAGAAAUGAAGAAUCAGAACAAGUUCAGAAUCCAGAACCAGACCAGAGCUUGAGCCAAAGAAGAUUGUUGAUGCUAAAUCAAAGAAAAUGGUGGAUCUCUGUUUCUUUAUGUCUUUUCUUAGUCUUGCUCGGAGAUUCUCUCGUCAUGCUUCUCUUGAACUUCUUCUAUGUCCAAGACAAUCGAGAAGAUUAUGACCAAGAUCUACAGUACAAAGGAACAUGGACUCAAGCUCUGAUCCAAAACGCUGCGUUUCCAAUCCUUAUCCCUCUCUUCUUUAUAUUUCCUUCACCAAAACCAAACCCUGAAACCAACAAUACUCGUUUCCUCUCUUUUCGUCUUCUCAUGCUUUACUUCGCUCUUGGUGUUCUUGUUGCUGCUCAUAGCAAAUUAUUCGCGCUUGGGAAGUUAUACGCAAACUAUGCCAUAUUCACGUUGAUUUCCGCCUCCCAGUUGAUAUUUACCGUGAUUUUCACUGCCAUUAUAAACCGAUUCAAGUUUAACCGAUGGAUUAUCAUAUCUAUAAUCCUCACUCUUGUUGUAUACCUUUUCGGUAAUCCUGAAUUUGGAGGAGAGCCUGUUGAAGCCGAAGUAUCCUAUAGCAAGCAAGCUUGGUUAACCUUUGCUGCUGUAGUUGCUUUCGCAUUAUAUCUCUGUUUAUUCCAACUAGGUUUCGAGAAACUUUUGGUGAAGACAAAGAGAUAUGGUAACAAGAAAGUGUUUAGAAUGGUCUUAGAGAUGCAAAUAUGUGUAUCUUUUGUGGCCUCGGUAGUUUGCCUUAUUGGUUUGUUUGCGAGUGGUGAGUUUAAGGAGUUGAAAGGUGAUAGCGAGAGGUUUAAGAAGGGAACAUAUUACGUUUUGAGUUUGGUCGGGUUGGCUUUGUCGUGGCAGGUUUGGGCGGUCGGGCUAGUAGGUUUGGUGCUUUAUGUUUCGGGUGUGUUUGGUGAUGUUGUACAUAUGUGUGCUUCACCACUUGUGGCUUUGGUUGUUGUGUUGGCAUUUGAUUUUGUGGAUGAUGAGUUUAGUUGGUCUAGAAUAGGUGCUUUGAUAGGAACCGUUUUGGCUUUAGGAUCUUACUUCUGCUCACUGUACAAGAAUAGCAAGAAAUAUCAAAGAGAACCAGAAAACAAUGUUGAAGCUUAGUCUCUCAUGAGUCAUGUUAAAUGUAUGUUAUUGUCUUUUUUUUUUUCAUCAAUAUUUUCUCGUUCUACUUAAUCUUAUAUGUCAAUGUCUACUCUGACAAUUAUGUACAGUAAAUUUUUUAUAAAAUAAUACUAUUAUGACUACGAUAUUUUAUUAAUU